UGUCGUGAGGACUUGGGGCUGGGCCUUGCGGCCCGGGAGAGCCGCAAGGUGGAGGUUCGAUCCUUCUUCGAGAGGGCCAAAGAUCAGCGAUCCUGUCAUAACAUCCGCGAGCUGAUGGACACCGGAGAGUAUGUCUUGAGCCAAUUACGCAAAGGAAUCCUGCCUCCUCAAGGAUGAUCUUCCUUUAUCCAAGAUAAACGGGGCUAUGGUGCCUUCUAGCCAAGAUUCGUUACAUGCGCCUUGCUAGCGGGAAUUGCGCGCUUGUCUGCAGGGUGUGUGCUUGCGAGACAGAGGUUGUUGGUUAGUUCUUGCCAAAUUGAUGGGGGCAGAGGAUAAGGAAAGAAGAGCUGUUUCAAAAUAUGCGAUGCCAGCAUCCGACGGAUAUUGGGGUUGGACUGGAAUCGAGGAGCAGGGCAUGCCGGCCGUCGCGUCGGGUGUGCUGAAGGCGCAAUCACGAGCCACAUGUCGCGCUAUUCACAGUCAGUUGUCCGCUGGAUGGGCAACACGAGGUCGAGUUUUGGCCGGUCAGGAGUCAGGAACGCAGCAGCAAGGGCGUCAUUCUCCCUUCAUCUCGGGCUCCCGGAUGGCGGAUCAUCUCGGUCGUUUUACACGCGGCCGACAUCGCUGUCAACGUCUUCAACGACAGUCAGGCUGACCGUCUCAGGCGGCAGCUAUGGCGGUGCGGCACACUCGCUAAGGCUGCUGGCUUCGUUGUCUGGCGGUGCUUCUUCUGCCCCGCCUCGCAGAUCCGAUGACAUGGACGCUUUCGGCAGCGCUGGCCCUCGAUGGCGCACGCGCGCGCACGCCAAGGUCGGACUCACCGGGUUGGUGCUGGCGGCAGGAGUUAUCGCUGGUGUGCUAGCAACAGACCGAUCAGACGGGCUAGAUUUCCCAAAAAUCGACACUCGCAGCAUGCAUGACGCUGCGCGGUUUGCGCAAUCGGUCUCUCACAAAGCUGGUGAGGCCGCCAUAGAGGUUGCCGACCAUGUCACAAUGAUGGUGGCAGCCCCUGUGCGAGGGGUGUUGGAUCUGCUGAGCUAUGUCACUGACGGAUUGAUCACACUCGGUGUUCUUGUACGAUCGGUUCGAGCGGUGCUGGGAGUUGAUCUUACUGAGGAUGAGGAUGACGAGGAAGAGUUGGAAAUGGUCAGACCGAUGGCUGGGGGGCGGUUGCAAGAUUCUGCCAAGCAAGUCACAACGGUGAGAAGGAAGACAUCUUGGUUUGCGCCACGUGUCGGAGCGUUGAUUGCGGAUCUGGCAUCCUGCCGAAGGCGGAGAUAUGCGAUUGCGACAUCUGCCGAUGGCGCCGUUGUUGACUGGCUGCUCGAGUCCCUGGUCGAUAGCGACUGCUGGCGGUUGAAAUUGGAGGCUUCGCGCGCACUGGCAUCCUUGAUUAAGGAUGACUCUGUGAGAGAUCUCGUACUCUCCAGAACCCAUGCAAUACCCAUCUUGCUUCAGUACGUCUCCACGGCUCCGUCGGCUGUUGGCUCGAGGUUGAUCGAGAAACAAGUUGUUGCCAGCAAAGCAGAUUCUGAAGAUAGACAAGGGGACCUAAUGAAGGGAAAGAAGAGGCCCCACGGAACCGAAGGUGAUGCUAUUGCCAAGUGGCCUCUCCUUUCGGUGAUUUUCGACCUCGUGACCUGUGAUCAUUGUACGGUCGCUGUGGCAGGUGGCUCUGAUGAUGAUGACGGAGAUGGAGUGACAAGGUCUCGUCGCCAUGUGGCACUCCCAGCAGAGGCAUCCAUGGAAGACAUAUGUGCAGCCGUCAAUACUUUGACGGAAGGGUUGGUGGAGAACGUGGGAGGAGGAAGCCCGUUCAACGGUCAGAAUUCUGGCACCCCCCCAACUGGACGGAGAGGCGGACAUGGUAUCGGCAUGGGUGUGUUGGGCGACACUGCAAUUGUGGGCCAGAAGACAGACCCUACCGCUACUGUGAAUGGCGCUGAGCAUGCCAGGUGGUAUGGAGCUGUAAUCUGCCAGGGGGGCGCUGUAUUGGGCCGAGAGGAUGGGAGUGGGUAUGUGAGGGUGGUAGAGAAAGAAGGAAGGUCGCAAUUUCUCCCCUGGUACCCUGGGAUUGAGGAUCUUGUGCAAGUGGCUGUCAGGAGAGGGGUCAACGGUCUUGACGGUGAUGACGAUAGCGAUCUUGGACGAAGGGGUGUUUGGAGAGGGCUUAUCAGUUGGGGUCUGGGACUAAGCAUCCAGGAGGGAGAAGGAAGGAGUGGGUCAGUGCAGGCUGGAAUGGGUGCAUCAUCGUCAUCGUCGUCUGAUCUUAGCAUAGCCGACCCGUCGGCAAUUGUGGGGCAGGCGCUGGCAGUAUCCCUGGCAGCAUGGGCGCUUGCCUCUUGGGCAACUGCUUCUAGUACCAAUUGCUCCAAAAUCGCUGCCGCCGAUGUCGACGGCGAGGCUGUCAAACUUGCUGUCCUUGCAAAGCAGAGGAGUGUGAAAUGGCAUGGAAUCAAAGCUGCGCAGCGAGUAAUUAUGGAGGGAGGGAGGGGGUCAGAGGAAGUGGGUGAAAAGUGGACGAAGGCUCUGAUGACAGUUGUUGCAUGCAGCACAGGCACAGGCGCAGGCACAAGCUCAGGCCCAGGCCCAGGCACAGGUACAGGAAAAGGCACAGGCACAGUCACAGUCACAGUCACAGGCACAGGUACAGGCACAGGCAAAUCCGCACAACUUAGUCUGGCCGCAGGAUAUGACUCUACGAUAAUCUGUUUGGCGCUGGAGGCCUUGACUUCCUGUGUGACACGCAGCAAGGCAGCAAGACGAUGGAUGUUCGAGACGGGUCUGCCCCAACUUCGCGAAAUGCUUAAGGCAACCGAAGGUGAUAAGGAGAUUGAGAGGAGGGCUUCCGCGCUUGUUGCUCUGUUGGUGACGACACAUCCUGAUGGUCAGAGUCUGUCGUUGGAUGAAUUCAAGAAGUGGACGCCGGUUCUAUUGAGAUGGGCAUGUGGGAUGGAAUCGGAGAGCGAAACACGUGGUUGUGCUGUUGGGAUCUUGCACUCCACGAUGAAGAGCCUAGGCCAAGGCCGAGCCACGAUAGGGCAGGCAUGGCUGGCGAGUAUGCUGACAACCAUGGUUGUCGACUUCCCGGCCGCUGUUCACCUCUCACCGUCUGUGGGCUUGGAGGUGACAGGGGAGGAUCGUGGCGGCAAAAAGCCGGCACCCACUUCUGUGGGAAUCUUUCAGAGCCACAUACUCAAACAGGCAGCUUCAGCAGCAGCAAGAUUGGCACAAGUGGUUGUCCAGGACUCUGCUGCGGCAGCAGCUGCAGCCGCAGCAGCUGGCGGCGAAGACCAGCUGCAAGCGGAGGCACCAUCGUGGACAUCUGCUACAGUAGCUCAGUCUGUGUGGCGCAGUGGUGAAGACUGGCUGGGGGGUGGGUCUGCAGGCAGCAAGGCAUCGACAACCGCCGGGACGAAGAAACCAAAACCGGUUCCUGCCGUGGAAGCUGCGGCAGCAGUCUCCAAGGCUUUGAAGGCAAUGUCAGAUUUGUCGUCAGCUGAUGUGAAUCGCCAGCGCUACAUUGUUGAUGCAGGGGGGGUGUAUCUUUUGAGGAGCAUGAUUAUCGGGAGUGACUAUGCGAAGUCUCAAAAACCGGCAGAAGUUGGUGCUCCGCAGCCUGGAAGCGAUAUCCCGAGCAGGGGAACGGGAGAGGGAACGCGAGUGGAGGGGCUCGACACGCAGCGCCCGGUUGAGAGCGGCGUUGCUGAUGCACCGACAACAAAGGGUACCACCUCAGAUGCCAGCGCCUCGGAAACACAGAAGAUGAAAAAGCAAGCCUUGCGUCUCUUGGCGAUGAUUUCCACUCAUACGGAUGCUGGGGCAGCCAUUGCACAAGAUGAGCUACUCUGCAGUUGGCUGACAGGAUGUGCUGAUGGGAGAACGGUGUCGGCAGACCUGAAAACGUGCAGCUACUGCCGAGCAAUUCUGUUUCACGUUGCCGCUGGAGAGAAGAGGAAUGAAGAAACUGAGAGAAAGCUGACAGGUCUAAGGACUAAAGAUAGUCGCGAGCUCGUUGAACAGCAGGUCUGGCCACGGUUUGAGGACGGGGUGUACCUGGUAGAACAAACUGAAGAUUUGGGGAAAGCGGUUGUCGUCAGGUCCACUGGAGUGCCUGAAGGAUUGAGGAAGGGGCGGUGCCAGGAAUACCUGGAAACAGUUGUUAGUGGAGUUGGAGAAGACAAUGGGACCAAUGGGACCAAUGGGACCAAGCGAAGGGGUAAGUGGGAGGAUGCAGAAAACACCAAAGUGGAUGCAACGGAAUGCAGGAUGAGAGGACGUGAUGGGAAUACCUCUGGAACAGACAUUGAGGAGGGAGCAGGUGGCAGUAAUCUUGGACCGGAGAGCAAUUUUGACAAGCCAGUCGAGGGCGUACAAGAGAAUGAUAGCUUGUUGAGGGGAGACGUCAAGGUCUCCGAGAGGUCGUUGCCAGUUAUGGAUGUGGUUUUCAUCCAUGGUUUGUGUGGGGGCCCUUUCAAGACGUGGAGGGUUGCGGGGGCGUCCAAGAAUAGUGCGGAGUCGAAGUCGAAACAAGAAGCGAAUGCUGCUGCUGCUGUGUCGCAGGGAAAGCCGGCUGCUGCCGUCACGGCCAGCGACUCGGAGUAUAAAUUUGACGGGGAUUGCUGGCCUACGAGUUGGCUUGCCGAUGACAUCAAGGGUCUGCGGAUGUUGACCCUCAAGUACAAGACGAAUUUGUCGGAGUGGUCGGGAGCUACACUCCCUUUGAACGACGUGAGCUCGCAUUUGCUACAGAAGCUGGUUGCUGCGGGCGUCGGCAAGCGUCCGUUUGUGUUUGUGACACACAGCAUGGGGGGGUUGAUUGCGAAGCAAAUGAUAGCGUCGGCCCUCGAGGACCCUCGUUACGCGGAGAUUGCCCGCAGUCUGAGGGGAGUGGUCUUUUACAGCUGUCCGCAUUUCGGAAGCCGGCUUGCGGACGUGCCAUGGAGGAUAGGCUACGUUCUCCGACCCGCACCCUCUAUAUGGGAGCUUCGCAGCAGGUCGCCGAGGUUGGAAGAGCUGAAUAAGACGCUUCGCCAAAUGCAGGCGAAAGGCCAGGUGUCUAUCCUUAGCUUUUGCGAGAGCGCGUCGACUCCUCUUGUGGAAGGCUAUGCGGGUUUAGCUCUACGGAUGGAGGUGGUACCUAUGGAGUCCGCUUACCCGGGGUUUGGCGACGUGGUGGUUCUCGAAGGCACAGACCAUGUCAAUGCCUGCAAACCACAGUCGCGCACUGACACUGCGUACGUCAAGACGGUCGACUUUCUAAAAAACUUGAAGAUGGCCUUGGAAAGAGAGCAGCAACGAUAACAAGUGGCAUCAGAAAAAAAGAGAAUACGGUAGGUAUAUUGAGGGGUCUGACGGACUCUGACAAUGUUUAACGACGCCUGCAAGCAAGAGUUGCGCAUUGACGCUGCGUAUGUCAGGACGACGGUUGACGUUCACGAAGAAGAACGUGCAAAUGGCAUCAGAAAGAGAGCGCAGAGGGGACAACAACGAGGAACAUCAGAAAACUGGGCGUACCGUACAAGCCUACUGUUUUUCACGGGGCCUAAGAAAGAGAGCAGGAGGCACAACCACACGGCGUAUUGAAGGCACGGAGCAAGUUUAAACCACCAGUACUUCGAAGCCACUUCUUCCUGCAGCUUGAAAUGCCCUGCGCAGUGUGUGCCACCCCAAAAAAAAAAAAAAAAAAAAAAAAAAAAAACCGAAGCUGAAAAAAAAAAAAAAGACCCGGCGCAAGCCUUCUUUUGGCUGGCCCUGCCAGCCAUUUCGCUGCGGCAGCCAGACCCCGAAUGUUCCAGCGUCCAUGCAGCAGCCAGCUGCGUCAGCCCCAUUGGGAACAAAUGGCUGGGAAAUGCACUGGUGGGUUUUAACCGCUUAACAACAGCUGGAAUCGCCAGUCGCGCACUGGCACUGUGUAUUCCGGGACGGUCGACUUUGCCCUGUGUACGUCGGGACGGUUGACUUUGCGCUGUUUGACUUUGCGCUGUGUAUGUUGGGACGGUUGACUUGGCGCUGUGUAUGUCGGGACGGUUGACAUUCUCACGAGCCUGCAGACACUGGCGUUGGAAAGAGAUCAGCAGCGACAACGAGGAACAUCCGAAAAACGAGCAUAUACUGUACGAGUUGCGGCAUAUUGAACGCAGCGACAUGGAGGAGAGAGGAGGCGAGCAUGCCAAACGUUGAAAACGGAGAAUGACGGGUGGUUAGAUGAUGGGCUCGGAAAUGAGCAACAGCGACAACAUGGGGUGCAUCUGAAAAGUAGGCGAACUGAACUGAGUCGGCGUGUUGAAGGCAGCGAUAUGGACGAGAGAGGAGGGAGAUCUCCGAAGGAGAAUAAGACAAAGACGAAAAACAGCAAAUACCAACUUUGUCAGGAGAUUCGGCAGAGAGAGGAUAUGGAGUUUGAUGAUGAAUAUCCUCCAUUUUCUUCUCUCCGCUGCCCACAUUCGGGGUGUACUCACACUAGCACUUUUCAAAAUGCAUCCGCCGACUGCAAUUGCGACAAGACCUGGAUGAAUCUGACUGCAAUCACGUCCAGAGGUUUGUCUCCGUAGGUCCCACAGAGGAUAUGGAGUUUGCUGAAUAUUCUCCAUUUUCUUCUCUCCCCGGCACAUUCAGGGCAUACUCGGGCCAUACUCACUCUAGCUCCCUUGUAAAUGUAUCUGACCGCAUUUACAGCCAGAUGUGGAUCUAUCUGGCCACAAUUACGUCAAAAAAUAAGUAAAAAAAAGUCCUGGUGUGAAUGCCCUCAGACUAGCACUUUUCAAAAUGCAUCUGACUGCAAUUACUGCAAGACCUGGAUGAAUCUGACGGCAAUCACGUCCAGAGAUUUGUCGAAAAGUCCUAGUGUGAGUACUUGCCCUCACAAGUUGAGAAGGUUAUAGCUUCUGCUCCUGUGAAGCUGGAAUUCCAGCUCUGGUAAUCCAAUCUUGGAUUAACUAAUCCUCUUUUUUUUUUCAAUUUUUUUUUUUUUUUCCCCUUGUACCAAAUUACAUAGAAAUCAUAGAAUUAAAAACCGCUUUUUUCUCCUUUUUUUUUUUUUUUGCGAUUUUUCUGUAGGUUGUGAUUUAGCGCUCCUGUGAAGCGAGAUUUGAGCUCUGCUUAGUCUGAUCUUGAAAUUCAAUUAAGUGGGCUGGCAUUGAAAACAAUGAAAAGUCGAUAAAAUA